AUGCGCCGCACGCCGCAAGAGGUGCGUCGCCUUCAAGGCCAGAGAGUCGCGUUGCGCGACCUCGCGAGCCGUACCGAGCUCAACGGUAAGGUGGGCCGUCUCGCGGGAGUUGACGGUGAGCGGUGGAAGGUGGAGCUGGACGGCAGCGGCGAGGUGGUGAAGGCUCGCGAGCGCAAUCUGGAGCUGACGGGCCUCGCGGAGACCGCCUCGCUCGCUGCCGCGCUCGACGACAAGCCGUAUGAGUCGUACAAAUUGCCGCCGCUGCACCUCCCUCGCUACCACCAUUAUGUGCGAGCGGAGGCGAAUGGACGCCGCGAGCCGACGCUCGAGGACGUGUGUCUGCUCGAGUACGAAAAGUUCGACGACGGCAGCAAGCUGUGGCCGGUGCUGGAGAAGGAGAGGGAAUGGGACCUCGAGGCGCGCCUCCACGACUUCCUGCUCGCCGACGCCUACGAGCCGCCGAAGGGAGAGGAGCUCAACCGCAAGGCGCCGCUCGCGGCAAAGGCGGCGCGGCGCAAGCGGCGGGAGAGGCUCGAGUACUUCCUCUCGAGCGAGAAGCUCCGCGAGCAGAUGCUGGAGAUGGAGGCGCAGGAGAAGGCCGACCUGCAGCGCGCGCGAAAGGCGAAGAACAAGGCCGACCAGACGGCGCGCGACAAGGAGGCGCACGCGCACUUCCAGCGCAUCACCGUCCACCUCGGCUCCGGCACGCACGCGCCCAACGUCGGCGGUGACAUCCAGGAGGAGCUCCGCGCGAUCCAGCGGCGCGACGAGCGGGAGGGCCGGCGCGCCUUUUCUUUCAAGGAGAAUUCUUGCAUUUUUGCUCCCGGCUAA